GCCACCAGACGGCGCUGGCGGGAGAGUGAGAGAGAGACGUUUGUUGUAGCAGCGGCUGGUCGUGAGGAGACACGAUGAGCAAAGCGCACCCGCCGGAGCUCAAGAAAUUUAUGGACAAGAAGCUAUCAUUGAAAUUAAAUGGCGGCCGGCACGUCCAAGGGAUAUUAAGAGGAUUUGAUCCAUUUAUGAAUCUCGUAAUAGACGAGUGUGUGGAAAUGGCACAGGGUGGACAACAGAACAACAUAGGGAUGGUGGUAAUACGAGGAAACAGCAUUAUUAUGCUAGAAGCCUUGGAACGAGUCUAAAUGAACCAGUGGGUCUUGCUGCAGUGAAGAUGUCUUUUUGUAUUGUGGAUUCUAUUUGUAUUGUGGAUUCUACAUGCCUUGUGUGUUUUUUAAAUAAAUUGUUAAAAUUGUA